AAAUUGCCCUCGGGGCCGGAGCAAGCAGAGAGGGCCAGGCCUCGCCUCUCCUCCCCCGCCUCCCCGCUGGCCUCGCCCGCCCGGCCGCCGCGGAAUUCGUUCCGCCCCCGCCUCGCCGCCGCUCUCUCCGCCCCCUGCAGAGGAAGUGCUGGUUCAAAGAGGAAGUGUUCCUAAUACUGGAGUUAUGGGAGAUUCUGUACUAGUUACACGUGUACAAGAUGCUGCAGACAUUGCAUUUCAGAUUCAUUGCUUGGAGCGAUCAGCAUAUGCUGCUGUGUUGAGAGCGUUCUGCGCUCAAUCAGACCUCCUCUCAAGGGCCAAAGAAGACUGUCUCGCUGAACUGAGAAAUGAGCUUAAAAUAUUGGAGAGUGAACACAGAGAAUGUCUUGGGAAGGCCAGAUCAAAUAAGCAAAUCAACUCUUUGAGUGCUGGCUCGCACUCCAAAGGGAGCACUUGCAAUACUGAAUUUAUGAAGGAUGCAUGUGUAUUACCAGAUGCUGGAGAUACUGUAUUUCAGAUUCACUGCUUGGAGCGGUCAGCAUAUGCAUCUCUUUUAAGGGCUUUCUGUGCUGUGAAAAACCACCUCUCAUGGUUACAGGUCAAGCUUCUAACUAAACUGAGAAAUGAGCUUAGAAUAUCACACAUUGAGCAUAAAGAAGUUCUUGUGAAGGUCAGUUCAAAUGAGAAUAUCAAAUCCUUGAGGAAAUUCAGUUUGGUGACUUUGUCUGUUCUUACAAAGACUGAUCAUUCUUUUGAUGCACAUGCCAUGGUUCAUGACAAGAAUGGCUCAACUGGACAGGUCUCCACUUCAUCCACAAGCUGCCUCAGUCUGUUGCAGCAGUCACCAACAUCAGAGCACUCCAUGUCCACCACAAGGGACACUGGGAUAUCAGAUAUCUCUAAUUGGGCCAAAGAAGGACCUUAUUUUGAACCCCAUGCAGUGGUGUCUGCUAAAAGGUUGAAAUCUGUGAACAGGCAUGCUCCUUCUGUUCAGUUACCAGUGGCAGUUUCUGUGGCAAUGGUGAAAGGUCGCACCGACGAUACACUUGAUACUGAGACGAUACCCUGUGAAGUGAAGUCUGGAUGUACCCCUCCCAUUUUUCAAGAAAAGCUUAGCAAAUCGAAUGCUAGUCAAGUUCCUUCCUGUGUGGAUCAUGCUAGGGAAGAAUCAGGGAAAAGGAAAGCUGAAGUGCCUGGGAUGAGGGUAUCUACAAGUCUGGGUGUUAUGGGCAUAAAGUAUGGGAUUAAGUAUCAGAGGCUCAUGAAUAAGGACUCAGAUUUAGAUCAUGGUUCUGAAAUAAUUAACCUCUGCCUAACUGCUAGCCUUCUACACAAGGUUGAAAGACUACUUAGAGAGAAGCCAUGUCCAGCUAAUUUAGAGAAAGCAAAGUCCAUACUCGAAACCCAAGAAAAGGACCUUUUGGAUGCACUUGUUAAACUUUCUGCAAUAUCAUAUGAUGUGGCUUAUUUCAGUGCUAACGGUCAGCCGGACAACAUCAACACGCACGACGAUGGCAAGAGCAAAGAGGAGAUGCUGCCGAAGCCGGUGAAUUCGAGCGACGAGACGCCUCCUGGGACGGCGAGGCUGGGAGGCGGAGGAGAAGGAGAUCAUUUCAAGAUCCAGGGUGUUGCUGCAGCGGCGUUAUCCCCCUCAUCGGCGACCCCCACCAGCGGCACCACCAGCUCGUCCCCGGUCAUCCGGCAGCUCCUGGGACCGCCGCCACUCACGCAGACGCGCCUGCACGUCCCCGCGUCCCCGUCCUCCGCCCCCGGCGCGCUGGGCCAGUCCUCGGGCGGCCGCUCCACUGCACCCCCGCCUCACGCGACGCUGAUGGCCGUGGCGUCACCCCCGGCACCGAUCAAGAAGCGGUCCAAGACUACGGCGGAGCAGAGGAGCCGGAUGCGGGAGUUCGCAUACCGCGUCGGGUGGAGCAUCCAUAAGGCCGGCGCCGGCGCCGUCGACGCCUUCUGCGCCCAGGUCGGCGUCCCCCGGCGCGCCCUCAGGAUCUGGAUGGUCAAUAACAGGCACCUCGCCAAGAUUCCACCCCCGUCUCUGCCCUCGCCACCGCUGCCGUCGCGCCACCAAGAACAAGACCACUCGCCGGCUGCCACACCACCGCAGGGGUCGGUGACUGAAGAUGGCAAGCCUCCUGAACCCGAAGGAGAUCAUUUCAAGAUGCAGGGUGUUGCUGCAGCGGCGUUAUCCCCCUCAUCGGCGACCCCCACCGGCAGCACCACCAGCUCGUCCCCGGUCAUCCCGCAGCUCUCGGCACCGAUCAAGAAGCGGUCCAAGACUACGGCGGAGCAGAGGAGCCGGAUGCGGGAGUUCGCAUACCGUGUCGGGUGGAGCAUCCGUAAGGCCGGCGCCGGCGCCGUCGACGCCUUCUGCGCCCAGGUCGGCGUCCCCCGGAGCGCCCUCAGGAUGUGGAUGGCCAAUAACAGGCACCUCGCCAGGAUUCCACCCCCGUCCCUGCCCUCGCCACCGCUGCCGUCGCGCCAGCAAGAUCAAGACCACUCGCCGGCUGCCACACCACCGCAGGGGUCGGUGACUGAAGAUGGCAAGCCUCCUGAACCCGAAGCUGCUGCACCUACUGAUGACGGCGGCAAGGAAGACGGGAAUGAAGAGGCUUCUGAUGAGGUUACUCAAAUAGGAAGAGGCCAUCGGUCCAGAAAGACCAACAAGCGCUACGGUGGACACUGGAACUCGAUUUGGAUGUAAUUGGCGAACAGCUCGCUCGAGAACAAGGACGAACUCUAUUUGCAGGGUAAAUGCACAUAGCCACCCUAUACUAUCCAGGACCUUGUGCUUAAACAAGCGGCAUGAGAUUGUGGUACAUGCUUCGACUUCUUCUCACCCGUCCCUUGCAUGUAUGAUCUAUUGUCAUCUGUUUUGCUAGUCACGAAAUCCUCCAAACAGUCACAUUGAAGCUUGUCUAUCACAUGUUUUUGUCUCA